CACAGGAAUACACACUCACAAAGAGACUAAAUUCAUAUCCACACACAAACACACCAACCCACAGACACACACGCAAGCACCCUCAAACUCCCCUGAGCACAGUGUCUCCUACUGCAUGUCCCUAACACACGGCCUCAUCCACACACAGCAACACCCGCUCUCCCCCACCAAGGCCACAGCACACACUCAGCUGUGCACACAAACAGCAACUCAGAGCCAGGAGUGGAGGAAGGGGCCACCGCUUUCUUCUUGUUGGAAGCGAGGUUACAAAUUUCCCACUUUCCAUGAGAUCCAGUUUCUCACCCUUCCCCCAUUAGGAAAAAAAAAGGAUCCUUUCGGGCCUCAUCUUUUCUUGGGUCCUGCCCAGAUAGUGCUGUGACUUUAAGGAAGUUGGAGCUAGAGAGAGAGAGAGAGAGCACAUGAACAACCCCAAAUUUGGCCCCUUUCCCCUCCAGUUUCUGGUGUCAUUUAUGAAGCAGGGUCCCUGUGGCCGAAGCUCAUUUUUGUUUUGUUGAAAGGCGUCUAGGCUGCACAGAUCCUUCCCUGCAGCCCCUGCUCAGGACUGUCCUGGGCACCCUGGUCAGCGGGGUGUACAAAGCAGCCAAUCCCCUCCUCCAGCAUCCUGGUCCUGCCUGGCAGUCCUGGUCCUUCGGUGCUUUGGUUCUACCCAUCUUAAGAGAGGCUCAGCUUGACUUCGGAAGAGCAGUUUGGAGGAGGUACCAUGCGGGCACUGUGCCUGCUUUGCUGGGCUGUUCUCCUGAACCUGGUGCAAGCUUGUCCGGAGUCCUGUGACUGUGGGGAGAAGUAUGGUUUCCAGAUUGCAGACUGUGCCUAUCGUGACCUACAGGCUGUACCACCAGGCUUCCCAGCCAAUGUGACCACACUGAGCCUGUCAGCCAACAGGCUGCCAGGCCUGCCCAAGGGGGCUUUCAGGGAGGUCCCCCUACUGCAGUCGCUGUGGCUUGCACACAACGAGAUCCGCUCGGUGGCCGCUGGUGCCCUGGCCCCCCUGGGCCAGCUCAAGAGUCUGGACCUCAGCCACAACCUCAUCUCUGAGUUUGCCUGGAGCGACCUACACAACCUCAGUGCUCUGCAGCUGCUCAAGAUGGACAGCAAUGAGCUGGCCUUCAUCCCUCGGGAUGCCUUCCGCAGCCUCCACGCCCUCCGUUCUCUGCAGCUCAAUCACAACCGCCUGCACACGUUGGCCGAGGGCACCUUCGCCCCACUCACCGCGCUGUCCCACUUGCAGAUCAACGACAACCCUUUCGACUGCACCUGUGGCAUUGUGUGGUUCAAGACCUGGGCCCUGGCCACCGCGAUGUCCAUUCCAGAGCAGGACAACAUUGCCUGUACUUCACCACAUGUGCUGAAGGGCACCCCACUGAGCCGCCUGCCACCGCUCCCCUGCUCAGCACCCUCGGUGCAGCUAAGCUACCAGCCCAGCCAGGAUGGAGCAGAGCUGCGGCCUGGCUUUGUGCUGGCACUCCACUGUGAUGUGGAUGGGCAGCCGGCCCCCCAGCUUCACUGGCAUAUCCACACCCACGGUGGCACAGUGGAGAUUGUCAGUCCUAAUGUAGGCACUAACGGACGUGCCCUACCUGGUACCCUUAUGACCAAUGGGCGGCCACGCUUCCAGGCCUUUGCCAACGGCAGUCUGCUUAUCCCUGACUUUGGCAAGCCGGAGGAGGGCACCUAUACCUGUCUGGCCACCAAUGAGCUGGGCAGUGCCGAGAGCUCUGUGAACGUGGCGUUGGCCACUCCAGGUGAGGGGGGAGAGGAUGCACUGGGGCGCAGGUUCCAUGGCAAAGCAGCGGAGGGCAAGGGCUGCUACACGGUUGACAACGAGGUACAGCCGUCGGGACCCGAGGACAACGUGGUCAUCAUUUACCUCAGCCGUGCUGGGACCCCAGAGGCUGCACUAGCAGCAGAAGGGAAGCCUGUGCGGCAGCUCUCGGGCCUGCUUCUGCUAGGCCAAAGCUUGCUUGUUCUCUUCCUCGCCUGCUUCUAACCACACCCUGCCCCGGCUGGCUGGAGCAGCCCCAGGGCCUUCCUAACUCCUCCUGACCCUGCCAAUGUUCCCUCUAAGUACCGUGAGGUCUGGAGUUGGUGAGGCCUGAGGUUGGCCUGGGGACUUCACGUUUUCCUACCUCCCUUUCUGAGCUCUUCCGGGCCACUCAUUAUUCCGACUUGUCGAUUUGCUCAGAGCUAGCAACUAGGAUAGAACUGUAUCUCAGAACUCGUCAUCUCUGGUACUAAUGGCUGCUAACAGCGUUGCCCACGCUCCUAUCAGGGGCAGCAGGCUAACAGGGCAACAAUAAUGCCCUUACCCUGGCCCACUUUGAGAGUUCUCAGCACUGAGGUAAGGAGCUUCGGGAGGCCACCCAGGUAGGCACCGGGGCUGGUCCGGAAAGGAACCUGGAGUGGACAGUACAGGAUCUGGAAAGGAAGGACUACAGGCCAGGACUGGGAAGGCUAAGCGCUCUCCCUGUCUUCCUAAUGCCCUCUGAUGAAAUGUGGGAAUUGUCCCUGGCUGGGCCUCUCUGUUCUCUUAUCCCAGAUCCCACAGCCUGUGCCUGCCUCUCGAGACACUUGUCCCUCCUUUGUUUCCAAGUAUGUACCAGUAGCCUGCCCCUCCAAAGAGGCUAGCCAGUUUGGGGUAGCAGAAAAAAAAAUAAACAGCAUUUCUGACGCUC